CUAGACAAGAUACUGUCCUUCUUAAAGGAUGAUCAUUGGAAGUUCGUCAGGAGCGUCAUGACUCCGACUUUCAGUAGCGGGAAAAUGAGGAAGAUGUGUAACCAGAUAAACAGCUGCUGUCGAACCAUGUGCGAGAACCUCAAGAUCGAAGCCGAGAACAAGCAGGUGACCAAUCUCAAGAGCAUAUGCGAGGCGUUUACAAUGGACACGACUUCUAGUGUGGCGUUCGGCGUGACCCUGGACUCCCACAACGACCCCAACAACGUCUUCGUCAGCAUGGCGAGGAAAUUUUUAAAUUUGACCAUUAUCAUCUCGGGCAUCAUCAUCGUCAUCAUCAUCACCAUCAUCAUCGUCAUCAUCACCAUCAUCAUCGUCGUCAUCACCAUCAUCAUCGUCAUCAUCAUCAUACACGCACACACACACACACACUCACACGCACACACACACACACACACACAGAAACACGUGGAUUUCCUCCAACUACUGUUGAACGCUCACAAAGAUACCGGUGAUGAUGCGGACGAUGAUGAAGAGGAUGCCCUGUCGGAUGAAGACUUACUGGCCCAGAGUCUGUUGUUUUUCUUGGUCGGAUUUGAGACGACUUCUACGACUUUGACAUUUUUCGCGUACAACAUGGCGUGCUAUCCAGAAGAGCAGGAGAAGCUGUACAAGGAGAUUGUUGAGAAGAUUGGUGAUGAGGACCCUUCGUACGAUUCAAUCAAGCCGCUGACCUACCUAAACAUGUGUCUCAAUGAAACUUUGAGGAUGUUUCCUUUUGGUUUGAGAACGGAUAGAGUAGCGGCCCAAGAUGUCACCAUCAAUGGAUUGUUCAUUCCUAAAGGAAUGUUGGUCGGCAUUCCUAUUUACGUGCUGCACAAUGAUCCGGAAUUUUGGCCUGAACCUCACGUCUUCAAUCCGGAGAGGUUCUCUCCGAAAAAUUGGAAUCCAAAUACCAGUGACCCCAUGCGUUUCAUGCCCUUUGGGGCCGGCCCAAGAAACUGCGUGGGCAUGAGGCUGGCCAAGAUGGAGGUCAAGUUGGCUGUCGUCCACAUGAUCCGUAGUUUCAAAUUUUCCGCCACUGAGGAAACGGAACGACCGCCAGUUUUUGAAAGGUUCGCGCUGAAAACUGUAAACCCCUUAAAGAUCCGAGUGGUAAAGAGAUGAGAGGCUAUAGUUAUUAUUUCUCCAUCACCGUCGUCAUCAUGAGGUCAUCUUGACGUCAUCAUCAUCGUCGUCAUGACGUCAUCAUCUUCAUCAUUUUCCUCAUUAUCAUCGCUACAUAUGACAUACUUUGAUUGUUUAACAUGAUUAUAUGGCAACAAUAUUAACCGAGACAUCAUACUAGCUCGUAAAAGGUGUCUGUACAAUCAUUUUUAUAGCUUAAUACGCACACACACACAAACACACACAUACAUACAAACACACACACACACAGUUAUUUAUACAUACAUACGUGUUUUCACAACUAUCGAUUCGUUUUGAUUCUGCCAUAAAUCAAAAAUUUUCUACCCUUUAUACCAUUCUUCCCUUACCAAAAAUCACUUCAAAAUUUGUAUUUUUAAAUAAAAUUCAUUUUAAUAAGAAAAUCUUUUCAAAUUUUUUUUAGUUUAAUAAUGAAAAUAAUGCUGGUAU